UGCAGAAAUAUUUUUGCGCAUGGGAAAUACUUUCUUGCAUUCACUGAGUCUAACCAACUUUCAGAAAUAUGCAAAUACCACAUUUGUCUUUUCUCCAAAUGGAAAUUUGAUAACCGGACUGAAUGGUUCUGGAAAAAGCACGAUUGCAUCGGCAAUUGCGCUUACACUAGGAGGAACAAGUAAAACACUGGGAAAGUCUUUGGGUGUGAAUGAGCUUAUAAAGUAUGGAGAAGUAAAAGCAGUCUGUGAGCUAGUUAUAAGAACAGGCCAUAGAAGUGAAGUGUCAAAAAUAGUAAAAAUCAACGGAAAGGAAAGGAUGAUUGAUAUAAGCAUAUCUCGAACAAUCACAGCAGCUGGCUCCACAUAUAAGAUAAACAAUCUGCCUGCUACACUAAACCAGGUAAAAGAAAUAACAGAAUGUUUAAACAUACAAAUAAAUAACUUAGGACAGUUUCUGCCACAGGAUAAAGUCACCGAGUUUUCCACCCUUACAGAAGAAGAGCAACUAGAGACAACGUUAAUGGCAUGCAACCCAGAAUUGUUAGAGAAGAAACGAGAGUUAGAAGAGAUUGUGGACAAUGUAGUUGGGUAUAGGCAGAAACUGCAGAAGGAGCUAAUGCAGCAGACAGAACUAAAAAAGAAAAUGGAUGUGUUGGAAGAGGAGCAAGCAAAAUUAAAAGAAUUUUUAGACAGAAAAGAGCACAUCAGUCUAUUGCAGGGAAAAAUAAAAUGGGUAGAGUACCAGACUAUAAAAAAUCAAAGAGAUCAGUUAAAGACCAAACUUAAAAAGGAAGAAGCGGUUUAUCAAGAGCACCAAAGUAGGAUUGAAUGCCUAGAAAAAGAAUGUGCGAAGGAAACAGAGCAAAUAGAUAAGAUUAAAAGAGACAUAGAGAGCGGUAUAAAUAUAUCUGGGUUUGUUCAGUGUGUAGAGGAAAUACAAAGGUCUGAAGCCCGGGAGAAAUUUAAAAAAGAAGAAUUAGAGGUGCUCAGGAAUAGGGAAGCCCGUCUUGCUCGGGAAAAACUUGAAAUGCCCCAACCAAGCGGAGUAAAACAGAUGCAGCCACCAAAGAAAAAGCUAACUGAACAUUUGCAGGCAGAGUAUUCUUCGUUAGAAGAAGAGUGCAAAAAUAGCAAGAUUGAAGACAGCACAUGGCAAGUAGAGUCGGCGUUAAAAGCAUCUGAAAUAAGAAACAUCGAAGUAGAGCUUAGAAGAGAAAGUGAAGUAGAGGGAAGAUUAAUGGAAGCCUUGAAAUCACUGCACAGAGAUACAUACACUGUUGUAGAAAUGUUGAAAAGGAGCGACAAGAAGUGGGAAGUAGACCUUCCGGCAAUUCUAACCAUGAAAAUAACUAGAGAAGAGUAUACUGAAGAGAUUUCCAGCCAGCUGAAUGUUCAUGCGCUUACAUGCUUUGUCUGCCACACUAAGGAAUCCUUCCAUGAAUUUAUUCAAGAAUUUAAAGAACGAAACAAUCUUGCUAUAAAUGUUGUGCAAAAGCAGCAAAGUGAUAUAGUUUCAUCGCAGGCAUCAGCAGGAAGUGAAUUUGUGCAGUUUGACGAUAAGUACAAGAUGACAUAUUUAUCGGACUGUAUAGAUGCACCUUCCGCGGUAAAAGAGUUUCUGAACAUUUUCUCAAAGCUUUCCCGCAUUCCUGUAACAAAACUCUCAUUAGCAGAUGAGUAUGAGUUUUUUAACAGAUAUAAGAAAAUUAGUCGGAUCAUAUCUAACAAAAAGGUGGUUGAGAUAAGAAGGUCGCAUUAUACUAAAGAUGAAACACUCACUAUAUAUCCAAUACAAAAGGGUAUAGACAUACUAACCAAGCCAUACGAUAGCUUGGAGAAAAAAGAAGCACUAAACAGGUUAAUUGCAGAGCGGGAAAAAAGAACAGAGCAUCGGCAGAAUGUUCUGAAAAAGCGAGAACUAAUUGAAAAACGAUUAAAAGAAUUAAAGCAGAUUAAAGAAACCGACGUGAAUGAGCAGGAAAAGUACGAAAGAAUGCAAAGAGCACUGCAAGCAUACAAAGAGCGCACAGAGGAAAUAACAAAAGAGCGUGAGGAAAUCAAAAACAAAAUAAAAUGCACAGAAGAUGACAUAAAAAUCAUAAAAAAAGAAGAAGUUCUUAAAUGGAAGAAUCUGCAACUGGCUGCUCUAUUUAAAACAGUUGAAGAAUUAUCAGAGAAAUCUAAGGCAAUGAAAUCGCAAUAUGAAAAUCUGCAAAGAAUACAAGCAGAAGUGCUUGGGGAAAAACAGAUUUUAAAGGAACACCACACUGUGAUUUUAAAGCUUAAUCAGGAGAUUUCAGAAUUAAAACAUCAGGCAAUCAUGAAGCAGGCAGAAGCCGAUUCUACAUACCAUGUGUCCAAGGAAAAUGAUCAGUCAAAAAAAGAAAAGCUCAAAGCACUUCCCUCCUGUAUAAAAACACUCACAACAAUGCUUGCUCAGGAAAAAGCUAAGGUAGAGCUUAGCAUAGUGGAUUAUUCUGCAAUAGAAGAGUAUGAGGCGUGCAAGUCGCAAUUUCUACAAAUGGAAAAGUUUCUUAGAAAAGAAGAGGCCGAUAAGGAAAAGUACGAAAUAACAAAACAUGAAAAAGAAUCUAAUCUAAAGGAAGAAUUGGAUCAGAUAAUUUCGUGUAUAGAUAAGAAUGCAUCGGCUCUUUUCUCUUCUGCUGGAAUAGGAUCUGAAAUAAGUAUUGAAUACAACGAGCUACCCCGCAGGUGGAAACUUGUUCUAAAAGUAAGAUUUAGAGCAGAAGGAAAGUUAGAAAUCCUCUCAGCAGGAAGACAUAGCGGCGGGGAGAAGGCAGUUUCUAUUAUUCUGUAUCUUUUAUCCAUUCAAAGAUUGUCAAAUGCCCCCUUUCUACUAGUAGAUGAAAUAAACCAAGGAAUGGAUGCUGGCCACGAAAGAACAAUACACAGCAUGCUAGUUGGAAACAGAUCCAUAAGUGAGAAACAAUCUAUUGUAAUCACGCCAAAACUAAUUUCUGAGCUAGAUUACGCGCCAACCACAAAAGUACAUGUAGUUAUUGAAACCCAAUAGACUAAAAAAUCACCAUAAGACAUUAAUUAAUAAAGGGUUUCCCCUGUACUUCUCAAAACAAAAUGCCGUCCUUGCGCAGGGGCAUGCUGAUCAUCUCAGUUAUGUAUUGAAGAGGGGGCGCUAAUAGUCCCGGGGAUAUAAAAAUAAAAUAAAUAUUAUACAUAAGAAC